GAAACAUACUCAGUUAGCUGUUAACGUUAAUAAAAGAGACAGACUCGUUUUCACGAAAGAAAUAAAAACUUGUAGCACUAUGGAAAAAAAGAGGAAAAAUAGUUUGGUGCUCAACUCAUAUUCUCGAGCAACGAAUAUAGUCUCAGAACAAGUCAGCCAAAGUUUAAGACACCGGUGUGAAGACUUCACAGGUUCACCAACCCGUAGAGGUUCCGGCUUGGGCGGUGGCUACAGGAAACAUAUCAAACGGGAUGGAAGAACCGACCAGGCUCCCAGACGAGUUCGGGUGUUGGACGAUGAUGGCAACAAUGUCACUCCUCUGCCCCUGUAUCAUGCAGAGACAGGAGACACGAAGUCCAAACCAGGAAGUUUCUUUUUGGAUGAAAUCUUUUCCAGCUCAGGAUCAGACAACUUGAAAUCCACCUCAAGCUUCAAUGUGCUCGCUUCCAGCUCAUUUAUGGGUAGCAGCCGACUAUCUAGCCUGUGCACCACAUCGUCACUGACUAAGCUGACUGAGGAAAAUCUUUCUAAAGUGGACAUACCAAUAAACCCCCCAGCUACAAGUGGCUCCCCACUCUCACUACAGAUCACAACGCCAUCCGCCAACAUCAGAGUCCACGGAGACUCCUGCCUGAUCUCGUCUGUCGACCCAUCCCAUCGCCGUUGCGAACAAGAAAGGGCUCAGAGCCGAUCCUUGAUGUAUUCCACACCUCAAACUUAA